UGAUGCUCUGCUGCCUGCUUGGGCCUCCCGGGGAAGGGACGGGGCGCGUCGAAGCGGCCGGGCUCGCCGCGAGAUCCUGCUCGCAGCUCGCACGGAGGAGGACGGCGAGGCUCAGGCCGAGGAAAAAGGGUAGAGGGGGGAAUUCGACAGUGGGCAGAAUUGGCCACGGAGGAGUCGCCGCCACCCCGCCUGCACCGUCGCGCGGCGUGCCGUGCCCGAAGAGCCCCCUGGCGCGGCAGGCACGGACGCCGGCCGUUAAAGACUUGGCUUCGCGGCGCGCCGAGGCGCUGCUGGUGCGCUCGCGUUACGGGUCGAGGGGCCUCUGCCUGCACGGUUCCCCCCGUGGCCGUGAGCGACCCGAGGAAAAGAAGGAGGAGGAGGAGGAGGAGGAGGAGGAGGAGGAGGGGGAGGAGGACGGGUCGCAUAGGCCCUUCGGAGAAACCCUCCAGUCGAGGGCCCUCUUGUUUUGGUGGACCCAAAAUGGGGACCAACCCGUCCACCCGUGGGCCCCCCAUCGCUCAGCAGCAGUACAUGUAGCAUCCGGCGGCCCCCUGCUGCCAGGGGCUGCACGGCAGCUGCGCCUUGCAGCUGCAAGACUGCAUCCUGUUGCACGGGCCGGUGACGCGAUCUCCGCUCUCGCCGAAGCUGCCACAGAUGUUGGCACAGACGUUGGAAGUGCCGAUCUGCGCGUUCGCCGGGGGGGCGCACACGAGGCCGUUCAUGCAGCUGCCGUAGUAGUCCCCAGUGCUCCCAGAUUGGCCGCACUUCUCCCCGACCUGAUUGCCUGAAGGCCUCGGCGUGGGCGCUGGCGUGGGCGGAGUGGGCGCGGGCGUGGGCCUGGGCUGACCAGGGCACGGGCCGCAAGUCGCGUCGCCGCAGAACUUGCACUGCUCAAGGCCCGCCCCGUUGCCCGCCGCCUUGCAGCACACGCCAGCUCCACUGGUGCUGCAGCCCUGAGUGUCCUUGUAGCAGCUCAUCGCCGCGCCGCAGUAGGUACCUGCGAAGCUCUCGUAGCACGUGAGCGUGGUCGUCUCGGUGGUGUUCGCGUGGCUGUGCUGGGUCACCCUGGCCUUCUCUGCGGCCGAGCGCUGCAGCAACGCGGACACCUCGGCAUCGUCAGCCUGGCACGCUCCGUCGGCACAACCCUCGUCGGCCAGCGCACGCGCGGACAGCAGAAGCAGGAGAGCCACAGCGAAGCGCGCCAUGGGUCCGCGCCUUCGUAUCUGAAGCCCUUCGGCAGCCGCCUUGAGCCAAAAUCGCU